GAUAAUGGGUCACUUUAGCUUAGUGAUGUUCUUCGAUUUACAAGUGCGAAACCAAAAUGAGUUCGGAAGAAAUUUUCACAUAUUUCGAUAUCUUCGAUUACAUCGUUUUCGGCGCAAUGUUACUAAUAUCGUCGCUGAUUGGUGUUUAUUUCGCCUUCUUUGCUAAAGUCAAACAAGACACCACUUCCGAAUAUCUCAUGGGAGGAAAAACGAUGGGAAUAUUUCCCAUAUCGAUGUCACUCAUCGCCAGCUACAUUUCUGGUAUAAGCAUACUGGGAAUCCCCGCCGAGAUCUACACUUAUGGGACGCAAUUUUGGAUGGUUUUGGCGUCCAAAGCGCUAGUUUCCCUAACGAUGGCUUUUGCCUAUUUGCCUGUCUUUUACAAAUUGCAAAUAACUUCAAGCUACGAGUAUUUAAAUCUCCGCUUCAACUCAACCGUGCGCUUACUCGGCUCCAUUCUCUUCCUUACAAAAAUGAUGCUCUACAUCCCUAUAGUGAUCUACGUCCCAGCCUUAGCUUUCAGCCAAGUCACUGGAAUUAAUCUACAUUUGGUGACGCCGGUUGUGUGUAUUGUUUGCAUUUUUUACACAACUUUGGGGGGUUUGAAAGCCGUGGUUUGGACUGAUACCAUCCAGACUAUAAUGAUGUUCGCUGCUUUGAUAGGUGUUGUAGCACUUGGAGUCGCAAGUGUUGGAGGCUUUGCAGAAGUAUGGCGGCGGAACGAGGAAGGGGACAGGAUCGAUUUUUUCAAUUUUGACUGGGACCCCACAAUCAGACACACAUUUUGGACAGUUGCGAUCGGAAAUUAUUUCUCAUGGUUGGCUUCUUGUUCCAUAAACCAGGCAAUGGUUCAAAGGUGUCUGGCAAUGCCCACAUUGAAAUCUGCUCGAAUAACUGUGGCCAUACUGGUGGUCGGCAUAAUGGCCCUAGUUUCAAUGUGCUGUUUCAUGGGCUUGAUAAUUUACGCUUAUUACUACAAAUGCGAUCCCAUAACUAGAGGCCUAGUUCACAAGUCCGACCAAUUACUGCCAUUUUUUGUAAUGCAUAUUGCGUCAUCGAUGCCCGGACUUCCCGGACUUUUCGUUAGCGGCGUUUUCAGUGCUGCCUUAAGCUCCAUGUCCACUGGGCUAAACUCGAUGACGGGCGUGAUAUUCGAAGACUUAAUCAAGCCCCGGAUCAAGAAGCCGCUGUCUGAAGCCCGGGCUAGUUUUCUGAUGAAAGUCAUUGUUGUGAUAAUUGGGAGUAUUUGCGUGGCUCUUGUCUUCGUUGUGGAAAAAAUGGGGGCCCUUAUCCAGGCCACUGGCAGCCUCAGUGCCAUCACUGCCGGCCCCCUUUUGGGGAUUUUCUCCCUGGGGAUGUUCUUCCCCAACGCCAACCCCCAGGGGGCGCUUAUUGGGGGUUUGGUCAGCGGAAGCCUGAUCGGGUGGAUUUCCGUCGGUACUCAGAUGAAUAUGGCUCAGGGGGUUAUCAGAUUUCCGCAGAAGUAUGUCUCGGUUGAGGGCUGCAACGCCGAUUGGGUCGCGGAGUAUUUGAGUUUGACGCUGUCCAAAGACACGAAGGAAAUUCCAGUGGAAGCCCCCUUUGUGCUAUAUAGGCUGUCCUACAUGUAUUACACUCUAGUGGGGGCUGUUACUACGAUCGUGGUGGGUUUUAUCGUGAGUGUGUUAACAGGAGGUGCCCAACAUGUUAACCGAGAUUUGCUAUCGCCGGUGAUUUACCCGUUUUUGAAACGACACAAAGUGGAAAAGCAACAAAACGAUGUAAUUAAAGAAAUUUCGCUAUAAAUGUAUGUAUAAUAUAAUCAAAAAUAAAUAGUAGCCACACUUA